AUUACAAAUAUCAUUAAACCGGCAUAGUGAAGUUUGACAUUUGACAAUAAAUAACUGUGCAAAUUUUAAUGCAACAUCAGUCUCAGGCCACCGUCGAGAAGAUAACUGGCAUCAUGUUCAUCAAAACGUUGUUCGUCUGCGCCGUUGCCGCCGUAGCCAUGGGCAUCGAGUAUCCGCCCGGCGUUGACCCCCUGCUCUGCCCGAACUACCCGUACUGCAACGUGGAAUUGAUGGCGCGUUACAAGACCCUGCCCUACAUCCCUGACUACCAGAUCCCUUAUGCCCGGAUGGUAUAUGCUGCCCCUUAUCCUAUUGCUGCCCCUAUUCCUGUUCCUGCCCCUAUUCCUGAUCCCGCCCCUAUUCCUGUUGCUGCCCCGGUUGCUGCUCCUGAUAAUGAAGAACCCGCUACCCUACCCUCCGCUCCGCUGUACCCCGCCGACGUCGACCCCGCUUCGUGCCCGAACUACCCGUACUGCACGUAAUUCUACUGUGACAUUUUGUGACAUGUGGCAUCGCGGUGCCAUAUAAAAUAAUAAAUAAAUAUAUACCAAUAUAAAA